AUGACUGCACUGGAUGCUGCUGCUCACGAUGCGGCGCCCUCGUUGGAGAACGUGGCCGCCGCCGGGACAACACCGUGGCCGACGGAGAUAUUUCUGCGCUUCUCGUCCUUUAGGGAUGCGUACAGCGCAUGGCAUGAACACGGCGACUUCUUCCGCUGGCUGCAGUCGAGUGACUACGCGGUGGUGCUGCUGGCGGCGUCCAACCUGCGUCCUCUCCACUUCACAGUGAAGAAGCCGGCAACAACGUCAACGGCGCCCUCGCCCAACGCCGCGGAAACACCCGCUGUGCACCUGGCGCUGUGCGCACCGUGCUGCAACACUACCGUCGUUCUGACAGAAGAGGAGCGGCUAGCGCUGGCCACGUUGGCGCGUAUCCUUCCAUUCCAUGUGGGCCCGAGCGGUGUAGCGACCCCGAACGAGCGCCUCACCGCGAUACCGGUGCACGCUACGCAGCUGGAGCGACAGCAUCGGGUCAUGGCUGGCUUGCUGGCGCGUGCUCACCGAGAGGGCUGUGCCUGGCGCGACCGACUUGCUACUGGCGAGCAGGGCAGCGCAACCGACGAGGCCACGGCCCCCUGUGCUCGCCAACUCCUGCUAGGGAGCCCGUCGCUGUGCAUCAUGGACUCCGCGACGGUUCGCGCCUUUUGUGCCGCGGUGAUACUUCGCCCACCAGAUGCCGAAGCGGCCACUAGCGCAGCAGCUCGGACGCGCUGCCUGCUUCCACGAGGAACCCCGCCCAGUGUGGUGCGGCAGUGUACGGAGGACACCCUGGCCGUUCUGGACCCCGCCUCGUCCGGGGUCGACUGCGAAGCUGGCACUGCUGUGCCCAGACUGCGGUACACGGGAAGCACCGUGAAUGAUCGUAUUCUGCAGCUCUUUUUCGCCCCAAAGAAGCGCCCUCGGCCGGAGGCAAGCAGCAGCGCCGCUUGCUCUGAGAGUGGCGUGAAGGGGGAGGUGGUGCUGCAGUACAUGGCUUUGCUGAUGACACUCUACGGGUACACGGUGGCUGCUGCGGGUGACGUGCAAUCGGUGGAGGCAGAGAACGCCGACGGGGACGCGGUGGACUUGGAGCAAGCGGAAUAUGCCGCUCGUGCGGGAACCUUCCGGCCUUCUCGCUGGGGAGCACCGCCGUGGAAGAGCCCACCGACGAUUCUAUCUUCUGCAGACGAGGAGGAGGGAAACAGACGCGUGCACAAGGAGACAUCGACGCAGUCGGAGAUGGUUUCUGUCGCGGACGCGAUGAUGCGUCUUGGAUGGCAUGUGCGAUGCCAGUUCUGCGCCCACAGCCCUGCUGUUGUGGCCGUGCGCGAGACUGUCACGACAACCACGACAACCACAAUCACGACGACAAGGACAGCUGAGGCUUUGCGCACUGCUGCCUGCGCAUCUGGCCGCUCAACUGCAGAAGCGUCCCGCGACGAAACGCAGAGUUUUGUUGACGAAAAGGUCGAUGUGCGGCAACCGCAACACCGGGUAGGGGCUUCGGUGGAGUCCGGUAGCGGUGAUGGCGUUGGCGGCGGCAACGAAGACGUUCUGGGUGCCCUUGCGGAGGUGGAGGCAGCUCUUCUCAGCGCCGACCGCAGUCGGCACUCCGGCGAGGUCAAGGACGAGGCUGCCGCUGUUGCUGCUGCACUCGUGAACGCUUCAGCGGCUCAGAGUGACGGUGCUAAGGAGGAUGGCGACAAGCGUGAGGCGUGUGCGCACUCAUAUGAGUACGGGGAGGAAGAGGCUGCGGUGAGCGCUACGCCGUUCUCGUCUGUCGGCCGAGGCAGCCGGGACGGUCACAGCGAAGAGGAGGUGGACAUGAGCCGUGGGUUGGGCAGCGACAUCGCCAGCAAUGAAGAGACGCCCACCAGGGAGGAUUCAGAGGAUGCUUCCUGUGGUGGUGAGGAAGCACUCGGUGAGCAGAGCACACACAUGCGCAGCGGCGUCGCACGCUCGCCGAUGGAGGCGACUACACUUCUUGGCACCGCUGGGGCUGGCGCUGCCGCAGCGGCCUUUGUCUUCCCCUCAACGACCGUGACAACCAAGACGGUAGCACAGAGCGAAACGCGGUCUGUCACCACUAUCACAAUGACUUUCUCUCAGCGCCUAGCACUGCAGAAGGACACCCCGAAGCAGCCGCAGCAAUGCAGUGGCAUCUCCAACAGCGGCCACCACGGCAACUGCCCAUGGCAUCGACUGUUUCUGACCGACGCCAUCGACGCAACGGCCCUCGCAGCACCGGAGCGCUUCAUGGAUUUUACGUGGGUGGUUGGCGAAGAUGGGGACUCACUACACGAAGAGAGGGUGGCGGACCUAAGUAACGACGCUCCCACGUCCGCGGCGACGUCUGGCGAUCGAACUCAAUGCGGCGCAAACGAGAUAGCGGGUGGCGUGGGCGCCGACGGUGAGGAGCUGCUCGCUCCACCUCAGGACCCCUUGCCGUCAGAGGGUGAGAGCGACGUCUGCGAGGCCUCCGAAAAGAACUCGAAUCGCACUCUUCUCGUCUUACGCUUUUUGCUUCCUGAAGUGGAGCGUCUCAUCACGACGUGGCGACUCAGCGAGGAGUGGGAGCGCACGCGACCGGGCGAGUACCUGCGCCACCCCCUAUGGCGCACAUGGCUAACGUCGCAGACGCUGCACCCAGUGCGUACGGAGAGCGCCGACGGCAUGAUGGAGCAGUACUUGCGCGCCCUCGAGCGUCAACUAAUGUCGUCGCAGUGCACAGCAGAGGAGACAGACGCGUCCGAAAAGAAACCCGCCGCGGCGGCCGGCGACAAGGGCAAUGGCAGCAACGUGAAGAACAAAGCAGCAGCGAAGGCGAUGGAGGCCGCGAAGUGGGAAGCGCUAGGGACUUUGGAGGAGCUUGGGGUCACGGUUGGUGCCCCUCUUUACAACGUCAACGCCACCUCAUUCAACCGAACCGUAGAGAGUGCCUUGCACCUGGCUGCUCGCUCGCUGCACCGCUGCUUUGCGAGUGACCAAGCAGCGGCUGCGGCAGGCGGGAGAGCGAACUCCGGUGAUGCGCGCACGUUACUGCGUGAGGGACUUCGAUCGGUGUUGCGGGGCUCGGGUACCUCGACAGCCCAAAGCGCCGCUGGCGGCAGCGGAGCGCCACUAAAAGCUGCCUUUUCCGCGGCGGACAACGAAGAGUCGCGAGGAAAGGAGGCUGCUGAGGCAGCGCGGGCCUUCUUGAAAACGAUGGAGGCGCGCUACGCUGACAGUGUCGUUCGUGAAGGCAGCUGUAACGCAUCACGGCUUCGACUCGCGCUGCAGCGCGAAGCCAUUCCUCACGGUUUGCACGAAUUCACGGCCUCUAUCUACCCAGCGUUGCAGCCUCGAGCUGGCGACUGCUCCACCUGUGCUGCUGAUCCAGUUUACGUCGUGAACACCGCCUUUGGCAGCACCAACGCCGCGCCGUCCCAUACCCCCAGCGAUGUUGACUGCUCUCGUGUGACACAGUACCUGCAAGGCAUGCAGCACACCGCUCAGGAAGAGCAGCUGCAGCUGCAGCACGAAAAGGAGAGGCGGGAGGAGGCACAGCGGCUUGCGGCUGCAAAGGUGGCGGCGGUAAGUUCCGCCGCCGCAGCUAAUACAACACCUUCCGCACCGGGGGCUCGUGCUCCGGCUACACAGAUGAGUGCAAGCAAGGGGCCUGCAAAGCAGCAGCAGCGGCAGCAGCACUCUCAUGACAGCAGAGACCCGCAUUCCUCGGUGCCCCAGUCACCAUGGCCGAACCAAAAGCAGCUCCGAUCAACGCGCCAGGCGCCGGGACCGAGCCAGGGCACUUCAGUGGUGCCAGCGCCCAACUUGACACCGACGUCAAGCAGCUCGGCCGUCUUUCAGGGGGUCGUGUGCCACAGCGGCGGUCCUCCGAUGCAGCAGGUCGGGUAUGAUAACCCGCUGUGGGGCUCUCCGCAGCCCUUUUCACACGGCACCUCAGGAGUGUCACCACCGCUGCAGCCGACACCGGUGCAUCACCCCACUGACGGAAGGACCGACAACAGUGCUGUGCCUCCUAUCUGUGCACCCUUCAAAGACCAGAGGGGCGACAGUGGGCUGUUCAACCCGUCAGCCGACAGCAGCUUCUUUCCUGCACCGAGUGCGGUGCCGGCCGGUAACCAAGAGCCUAUUUUCCGCGACUGCGGCAUCGGCGGAGCACCGCUCACGGGUUCUGGUCUUGUGAGCGAUGGCGGGCCCCUCUUCUCAGCUCUUCACCCCUUCGAGUGGUUGCCUUUUCCAUCAGGCUCCUCGGGAGGGGACGACCCGGGUGUUUUGGAAACAAGUGUGUACGCCCACCCAUCUGCGGGCGCUCCGCCGCGCGGCCGUGCCGGUGGUCCUCCAUCACGCUCCGGCGACUCGGUUUUGGGCAGCCUCAACACGAGCAACCUCAGCAGCGGCAGCGGUGGCCCUGCAGAGGAUUUGCGUCUCUCCAAUUGGAGCAGCAGCUCGAUAUCGCAGGGGCCCGCGACUGGUGAUAGCGGCGGUGGUGCAGUUCUUGGUCCAAUUGCAUCUCCUGUCCGUCGGCAAGAUAGCACCGGUGGUGGCAGCCGUAAUGCCGGCGGUUCCUCGGCGCCGAGUGUGCUCGGCACCUCAGCGCUGUCGUCCUUCACUGGACCGAAGACAUCCACGUCCGGCACGCAGCCUUUGCCGGCGUCGCGUGGCUGCGCCGCCAACCGCGGCCGUGGUAGUGGUGGUGGGCGACAGAAUAUGCAGCUGUCGGCAUCGCACAACCAGCCGGCCCCGAGAGUCAAAGCUGGUUCCGCUGUCCUUGGAGGUGGAGGUCCGAAUGCGCACGCACCACCAGCUCGUGGUGGCGGCGGCAGCGGUGCUGGGGGACGCAGCGGGCAAGGCCGAAAUCGCGGUGGCGGUGGCGGUGGUCAACGGCGCGGUGGUGGCGGCCGUGUUGGUGGCGGUGGCGGUGGCGGUUUUCGUCGAGGUGGCUGA